CCAUCCAAAUCAAAUCAGCAUCAUGUUGGCAACUCUUCAAACCCCUCUUCGAUCUGCCUUAAGGCUCAGCAAUGCUUCUUCAUCACGUUUCUUCUCAUCUUCGUCUUCAAGUCUUACCAAAGUAGCAGUCUUGGGUGCAGCUGGUGGAAUUGGACAGCCUCUCAGUCUUCUUAUGAAGCAGAGCUCAUUGGUCUCUGACCUAGCUCUUUACGAUGUUAGAGGUGCCCCUGGUGUUGCUGCCGACGUGUCUCACGUCAACACUUCCGCGACCUGCAAAGGUUAUCUACCUGACAACAAUGGCCUCGAGAAAGCCCUCGAUGGUGCUGGAAUCGUUCUGAUCCCCGCUGGUGUACCAAGGAAACCAGGAAUGACCCGAGAUGACCUCUUCAACACCAAUGCCUCCAUCGUCCGAGACCUUGCUACUGCAGCUGCAAAGGUUUGUCCAAAGGCACACAUGCUCAUCAUCGCCAACCCCGUCAACUCGACCGUUCCAAUCGUUGGUGAAGUUUACAAGAAAGCUGGUGUCUAUGACCCCAAGCGCCUCUUUGGUGUCACUACCCUUGAUGUCGUCCGUGCUUCCGCUUUCCUAUCGUCUAUCGCUGGUUCAUCACCCGAGAAGACAAGAGUUCAAGUGGUGGGUGGUCACUCUGGUGUUACCAUCUGUCCUCUACUCUCUCAACUUUCCGAAGGCAAGGGUGUCACUGGUGAAGCCUACAAGGCUCUCGUUAAGCGAAUCCAAUUCGGUGGAGAUGAAGUUGUUCAAGCUAAGGAUGGAUCCGGUUCAGCAACCCUCUCGAUGGCCUAUGCUGCUGCUAUCUUUGCUGAGAGUUUACUCAAGGCUCUUGGUGGUGCUAAGGGUAUUGUUGAGCCAACAUUUGUUCGUAGCCAUCUCUACGAAUCAGAGGGUGUCGAAUACUUUGCUAGCAAUGUCGAACUUGGUCCGGAUGGUGUGAAGAACAUCUUACCAAUGGGAUCGAUCAGUGCUGAAGAAGAAGAAUUGAUCAAAGCUUGUUUACCUGAGUUGAAGAAGAACAUUGAGAAAGGUGUUAAAUUCAUCAAAGGUUAAACAAAUCUAUCAAUUACCUUUAUUAUAGUUUGUUAUAUAUAUUGUUUAGAUUGUGAACACCAUUGAGAAGAGAAGAAAAUCAAAUAUCCCCGAAAAUUGAAGAUCUUUCCAAAAGCAAAAAAAACUUUCAUCAUCAAGCAUGUGAUAAGUCAAAUUUGUCUUGUGGUAUGAGAAUUGAACUAUCACGGUCAACUUGGUUAUCUUAAGUGACACUUGAUAGCAAUCAAGAGUAGAGAGAUGUGAGAAAUGCUUGG